AAAGUUCUCGCAGUCAACCCCCCAGAACGAAUACAGCAUGAAGUGGUCGGAACAGCUAGGCGCCAAGCUCCAGACGAAGGACGGCCUCCAGGACACGGACUACAAGCUGGCCGGCAAGAAGGUGGUGGGAUUCUACUUCAGUGCGCACUGGUGCCCGCCGUGCCGCCAGUUCACGCCGUUCCUGAGCGCUGUGUACGAUGACAUGAUCGAGCAGCACCCGGAGUUCGAGCUUAUCUUCAUCUCUUCCGACCGCGACCCGUCGCAGUACACCGAGUACUUCGGCGAGAUGCCCUUCCUGGCGCUGCCCUUCGAGGAGCGCGCGGCUAACCAGGCCAUGAGCACCAAGUUCGGCGUCACCGGCAUCCCCAUGCUGGUCUUUGUGGACGCAGAAGGCAAGGUCAUCACCAUGGACGGCCGCAGCGUCGUCGCCAACUCGCGUGGCGACGUGGAUAAGCUUUGGGAGCAGCUCAACAAGUAAAGAGGCCUGUCAGAUUGGAUCAAAAGGCCUCUCCAAUUGACGCUGGUAGCAUUUUAACUUCAUUUUCUGAGCUUUUGAGAAAAAUACGAUCUUUCCAUUUGCUAUGAUUUCGUACA